GGAGGACGCAGGGCCCCGAGCGCCGGCCGCGCCGGACCUCCCCACAGCCCCAUGGGUGCCUCCCGCGUGUCCGCGCGGCUCCGGAUGGCAAAACAGAAGAGAAAAGAUAGCCAAGUGACAGAGAAAAAGAACAAAAAACUGAAGAAGGCGGCAGCAAGAGAGAUGCCUCUGGCACCUGCGGCCCCGCCGGGCACUGAGGGGGCCCCAGCCGAGGGAGCUGCGUCCCCGGAGGAGCAGCGGGUCCUGGAGAGGAAGCUGAAGAAGGAGCGGAAGAAAGAGGCCCGGAGGCGGCUGCAGGAAGCGGGCGUCCCCGUGGCCCAGAGCCCGGCAGCCAGGCGCUCGGGGGCCGCGCUGGCCUUGGACUACCUGUGCAGCUGGGCCCAGCAGCACAAGAACUGGAGGUUUCAGAAGACGAGGCAGACCUGGCUGCUGCUGCAUAUGUAUGACCGUGACCAGGUCCCCGACGAGCACUUCUCCACCCUGCUGGCCUACCUGGAGGGGCUCAGGGGCCGGGCCCGCGAGCUGACGGUGCAGAAGGCGGAGGUGCUGAUGCGGGAGCUGGACGAAGCGGGUGCUGGCGCCGACGCCCCGCUGCCGGGGAGGACCCAGCGCGUCCGGCAGGUUUGUGAGCCACGUAACCAGGGGGCAGUAGGAAAGCAGAGUCCGAGAGAUUGCGUCACGUGGGCAGCUCUGUCGUGAGUUCCGUGCUGACCGCCCGUGAGUAACGGGGGCCCUUUAUUCCAGAAUGAGGCCCCGGGACUUCCUGUGGCCACUCCUGGCUCGGCUGGGCCCUGACCGUGGCCCUCGGGGAUCUCGCCUCAGAGGAGCGUCCCCAGUUCAGUUCAGUUCCAUUCAGUGCCUGAAUGGCGGAGGUGGGGGUGGUGGCCCGAGGAGGGGUGACCCGAGCCCAGGAGGGCCACACGUCUCGAGGGCCCGGGCAGGUCCCUCGCUGACCACUUGGGGCCUUUCCCUCUUCUCACCUGUGACCCCGACCCCAGACUCAGGGUCACGCCACCCCACGUGGCGAGUCUUGUCCACGCCGAGGUCUCGUCUGCUCCCCCCCAUGAAAGGGGCUGCUGUGCUGCUCCCUGAGGGGCAUCUGGCGUGCCCCCCGCCCACUGGGCACACACGCACACACGUCCAGUUCCGGGUGGGAGCCACUGGCCAGGCACCUCCUUCGGCCUUGCAGCCCUUGGAGACAGAGCGAGGAGGCCCAGCCCUCCUGGAGGCCCUCAGGUGAGGUGAGGUCCCCGACGGGAAAGCACCCUGUGACGACGAGUCAUCGCGGUUCUGCAGAUAAUCUGUGGGUGAUGCAGCCGCCCGGUGCCAACGUGACUGUCCCUCAGCUUUGGGGCAUUUUAAAAACACUGAGAAAUAGACGUGCAAUAAAAGAAGGUCCACAGGGCACAGGGAAGCGGCAUGUUCUCUUUAAGGAAUCCGGGUUGACUGAUCAAGAACAUAGCUCUGGGUUUCCUGGCAGCCAAAUCAAAAAGGGAAACGUGGUGGGUACCGGGUCCUCGUUUCCUGUUAAUGGGAAGCGGCCCAGGAGAGCCAGGCGCUCCCCUCACUCGUGCACAGAGGCCCUCGGACGCCGACUGGGGGGCUCCCGUAGGGGGUGCAGUGCGGUCCUCUGCGGCGUCCCCCGCGGAAGGCGCAGGGGAGGCAAUGCGUCACGUGGUGCGGGAGCAAGCUCAGGAUCCGGGCGGUUCCUGGGGUCCCUGUGCGGUCAGAGGCGGCACUCUGAUGGCCCCAGGGGCCAGUUGGUGGGGAGAGUCUGAGCCUGGUGGCCGCACGCGGGUACGAGGCUCGCCGGCGCGGCGUCCGGCCGUGGGCUGAGGGGCACCUCCCUGAGGGGGCGGGUGGAGCUCCCCCACCUGUUGUUGACGUCCCGGGCGUCCAUCAGGCCAGCGGUCACGGCACCGCGAGGGAUCAGGAUGGGGCUGGCGGGGGCUGGCGGGGCUUUCUGGGUUGCGGUCAAGCUCCCUGGCCUGUCGAAGCCUCAGCCCCCGGCACCCUGGCCCUCCGAGGAAGCCGCCGUCAUGGAGCCAGUAGCUGUAGCGUUUAUGGCCGAGAAGCAGGUGUUUCCUGUUGGCCUCGCCUGUGGGAUGUGGGGACUCAGCUGCUUCUGCGCCCCCAGGAGGUUCGCGUCCACUUUGGGUAAACUGGUGUUGAGCGUGUCCCGUCGGUCCUGUAAGGAUGCGGUGACCAGCCAGAGUGUCCCUGAUGUGCCGCCCCCGCGCGGCGGGAAGGAAGCUGAGACAGAGGGGCCUCGGGAAGUUGGACGCCCGAGCCAGGACCCCUGCCCCCAGUGUGCUCUCCCCCACCACGGGUUUGCCCUGCGAGGUGGGCGGCGGCCGCGCAACACCGUUGGGUUCUGGACUCACGGAAGAACGUCUCCAGUCAAAGUCCCUGCAGACCCGGGAGCUGAGACCGCAGCCUGUAUGUCUGUUCUGGAGAGUUCGCUUGUGGUUUGGGGCUGAUGCGGUGUGGCCAGGGGCCAGCCCUGGAACCAAAGGCAGAUCUGGACCAAGAGCCACCCGCCGGCCCCCAAAGGUCCCCCCUCAAGACCGAGAGGCCGGGGCACUGCAGCCUUGGGAGCAGACUGUCCAGGGACUGACCUACCCACGUGCACCCAGUCCUCACGUCCAGCCCAUCUGCCCCCUCCUGACCCACCAUGCCAGGGGGCCCUUGACGGACGUCUGCCCGCGGGGGCUUCCCCCAGAAGCCGCACAGCCAGCAAGAAACAGGAUCUAAAGCCUGGAGUGUCCGACAAAGGGUGAGCGGUUAAAAGGUGCUUCAUCCGUACGACGGGCUAUGACUCAGCCUUUAGAAGGGAGGAAACUCUGGCACAUUGUGGUGGACCUUGAGGACAUGAUGCUCAGUGAAAUAGACUGUUACAGAAGGACAAAUACUGUGUGAUUCCACUUCUGCGAGGCCCCUGGAGGAGUCAAGGUCACAGAGACAGAAAGUAGGGGGUGGGGGC